CUAGCCAACGGAGAGUAAAUCAUUGGAAUGAUGUUCAGACAACCCCCGAAGGAUGCGGAAAUCAGCCAGCCGCCGACAGACACGGUCAGCGAGAUAGCGUUCAGCCCGAACUCAUAUCUGCUUGCUGGGUCGUCGUGGGACAACCAGGUGCGCGUAUGGGACAUCCAGAACAACGGGACGUCAACAGGCAAAGCAGCGUACUCGCACGAGGCACCGGCGCUGUGCUGUGCAUGGAGCCGCGAUCGGAACAAAGGGCGCAUGCUAGACGUGGCGACGGGACAGGCGGUGCAAAUUGCGCAGCACGACGACACGAUCCGGUGCAUCCGGUUUGUGGAGGGAGACAACGCAUCACCGAUUGUGGCGACAGGUAGCUGGGAUAAGACAGUCAAGUACUGGGACCUGCGGCAGCCGAGCCCGCUGGGCGUGGUGACGCUGAACGAGCGUAUCUAUGCCAUGGACUCGCUGCAUCCACUGAUGGUUGUGGGCACAGCGGACCGCAAGGUGCACGUGUUUGACCUGAACAACCCGACGCAACCGUUCAAAACCCUGGACUCGCCACUCAAGUGGCAGACGCGCAGCCUGUCGUGCUUUGUAAAGAAGGACGGGUUCGCUGUAGGCUCGAUUGAGGGGCGUCACCCCGUGACCGGUACCUUCUGCACGGCUGGCUCCGACGGGUCGAUCGUGUUCUGGGACAAGGAUGCCAGGCAAAAGCUCAAGUCGUUCACCAACCUGGGCGGGCCGGUGCUGUCGACGACUAUCAGUGGCGACGGCAAAAUCCUGGCCUACGCCACCGGGUACGACUGGUCCAAGGGCUUCCAGCACAACGACGGCACCACCAAGAGCACAAUUUUCCUGCACUCCAUUGCCGAGGAGGACGUCAAGCCGCGGACCAAGUAAUUGGUUUUUACAUAGGAUCUUUGAAUUAGGAUUGCCAUCCAAUAUUACUGUUGUGGAC